AUGGCUGCAACUAAAGUUGGUCAUGGACUAGCUAAAGCCCUCGGUAUCAAACUCAACUAUCGCGAUGAACUUAACAGUCAGGAAAUUCUUCGAGGAGAGUCAGUCUUCUCCAUUCAAUCGGUCGAUACAUUCGUAGAAGAAGAACCUCGAAGUCUAGAAUGGAUUCAGGAUACCCUCCCAGGUCGACAUGAGCUCGCCGCGUACUGUCGGUCACUAUUCCCGUUCUUAAGCUGGAUAGGUUGCUACAACUUGCAAUGGCUAUUUGGAGAUUUGGUAGCUGGUAUCACUAUUGGUGCUGUCGUUGUGCCUCAAGGUAUGGCUUACGCUACUCUCGCUGAGCUUGACCCUCAAUUCGGUCUUUACUCUUCCUUCAUGGGAGUUCUCGUCUAUUGGUUCUUCGCUACAUCAAAAGAUAUCACCAUCGGACCUGUCGCCGUCAUGUCAACGCUCGUGGGUCAAAUUUUGGUCAAAGCCGCUGUCACUCACCCAGAUGUUGAAGGUCAUGUUAUUGCAUCUGCUUUGGCUGUGAUUGCGGGUUCCAUCAUUGCUCUCAUUGGACUUGUUCGAUGCGGUUGGAUUGUCGAUUUGAUUUCUCUCACCUCAAUUUCUGCAUUCAUGACUGGUUCCGCCAUCAAUAUUGCUGUUGGACAAGUUCCAACCUUGAUGGGUAUCACAGGCUUCAGCUCUCGAGCAUCAACCUAUAAAGUUGUGAUCAAUACAUUGAAGGGUCUUCCAAAUACAUCCCUCGAUGCCGCCAUCGGCCUGACAGCUCUUUUCAUGUUAUAUGCUCUUCGAUUUGCCAGUAAUUAUGGAGCCAAGAAGUUUCCAAACCACAAGAAAGCAUUCUUCUUCGGGGCUACCCUUCGAACCGUCUUCGUUAUCUUGUUAUACACGUUGAUCAGUUGGCUUGUGAAUAUGCAUCAUCGCAAGAAGCCAUUGUUCAAGAUCCUUGGUGCAGUUCCACGAGGAUUUCAAAACGCUGCUGUGCCAGAAGUCAACACUUCGAUCAUCAACAUUUUUGUGGGCGAUUUACCGGCAACCGUCAUUGUUCUACUCAUCGAACACAUCGCCAUAGCAAAAUCCUUCGGACGUGUCAAUAACUAUAUCAUUAACCCAUCGCAGGAGAUGGUAGCUAUUGGUGUCACCAAUAUCCUUGGCGCUUUUCUUGGUGGUUAUCCAGUCACUGGUUCUUUCUCCCGUACAGCUAUCAAAUCAAAGGCUGGUGUUCGAACCCCUUUCGCUGGUGUCAUAACUGCUCUCGUCGUCCUUCUCGCCAUCUAUGCUCUCACAGCAGUCUUUUUCUACAUUCCAAGUGCGGCUUUGUCGGCAGUCAUCAUUCACGCUGUGGGUGAUCUCAUCACACCUCCAAACACAGUCUAUCAAUUCUGGCGUGUAUCCCCUCUCGAGGUUCCCAUCUUCUUCGCAGGUGUUAUUGUUACCAUUUUCACCAGUAUCGAAGAUGGCAUCUACGUAACUAUCUGCGUUUCUUUCGGUGUUCUCAUCUUCCGAAUUAUCAAGGCUAGAGGCCGUUUUCUUGGUAAGGUCAAGGUUACUUCGGUCGGUGGUGAGAUCGCCGAAUAUAGAUCAGCACCUUUGAGUGAUCAUGGCACUUUCUCCAAAUCCGAUGCCACUCAAUUCGAAGAUUCUGGAUCCCGAACCGUCUUCCUUCCUUUCGAUCACGGUGAUGGAACUAAUCCCGAGGUUGAUGUCCAAACUCCUCAUCCUGGUAUCUUCAUCUAUCGAUUCUCCGAAGGCUUUAAUUAUCCAAACGCAAACCACUAUCUCGACCACCUUACCAACACAGUUUUCGCUACCACCCGCAGAACUAAUCCUAAUCACUAUGCCCGCCCUGGUGAUCGCCCAUGGAACGACCCCGGACCACGUCGCGGCAAAGCCCCCGAGGAUCACAGCGACCGUCCCACUCUCAAAGCCAUCAUUCUUGACUUUAGCUCCGUCAAUAAUAUUGACAUCACCUCCAUCCAACAACUCAUCGAUGUUCGCAAUCAACUCGAUACUUAUGCAUCUCCUGCAGUCGUCGAUUGGCAUUUCACCUCCAUCAACAACCGCUGGACCAAACGCGCUCUCGUUUCCGCAGGAUUCGGAUACCCAACUCUGGAGGAAGAAGGUUCACACCGCUGGAAGCCCAUUUUCUCAGUAGCAGACAUGGGAGGACAAGAUAGUGCGGCGGCAGCAGCAGAAGCCGAAUCCAACGAGAAAGAACUCAAGGAACACAGAACGCGCGAAAGAGAUUCAAGAGGAUACGGAGAUCAGAUUCGAGGCGAUAGUGAAAGUGGGAGUGGACUAAGCGGUAGCGAUUUGAAAGUUACGUCAAAGAAUGCCACGAGGUCGAAAACCGCUGUGGUUAAUGGUCUCAAUCGACCACUAUUCCACAUCGAUCUCACGAGUGCGUUCCAAAGUGCAGUGGCGAAUGUUAGGGCCCGAGAAGCGUUUGAGGAAAGAGGUGGGAGAGAUACGGGGAUUACGGCUUGA